AUGGAAGUAGUUAAAAAGGAGAUACUGAAGCUUUUAAAUGUGGGUGUGAUUUACCCUAUUUCAAAUAACAAGUGGGUGAUUCCAUUUCAAGUAGUUCCUAAGAAAGCAGAUAUCACUGUGGUAAGGAAUGAUGAGGAUGAGUUAGUGCCCAUGAGAGUCCAAAUCGGUUGGCAAGUUUGUAUUGAUUAUAGAAAGUUGAACACUGCAACUCGAAAAGACCACUUCCAUUUUCCAUUCAUCGAUCAAAUGCUUGAAAGAUUAGCGGGACAUGCUUAUUACUGCUUUCUUGAUGGUUAUUCAAGUUAUAAUCAGAUUGUUAUUGCUCAAGAAGACCAAGAAAAGAUCACAUUUACAUGCCCAUUUGGCACAUUUUCUUUUUCGUAG